UGGCCACAUCAACUCCUUCUGUUACCAAAACUCCAUUUUGUCAACUCUUGCAUUGACCACCUAUGAGCAAAACUAACCAAGUCUCCGCCGGAACACUGGAUUCCGGCAACCACAUUCCCAUGUCAAAGAAGAACAAGAAGCUCUUCUUCUUCGCUUCCCUCACUACUCUGCUCCUUGUCUCCGCCAUUGUCGGCGUUUCCGUCGGAGUUAACUCCCGCAAAAACUCCGGCGAUGGCCUCCACAAUGUCCAUUCGAGAAUGGCACACGCAAUUGUCAAAAGCGCUUGCAGUUCCACCAUGUACCCCGAUCUCUGCUUCUCCGCCAUCGUCACUGAACCCGGCUUCGCUCGGAAAGUCUCCACCCACAAAGACAUCAUAGAACUAUCCCUCAACAUUACCAUCAGAGCCGCACAACACAACUACUUCAACGUCAGGAAGCUCCAAACCAGAAAAGGCCUCACAAAGAGAGAGAAAAUCGCUCUUCACGAUUGCUUAGAAACGAUUGACAACACCCUGGACGAGCUUCACCGAGCCAUCGCCGACCUCGAAGACUCCGGUCAUCACGCCGACGACCUCAAGACUCUCAUCAGCGCCGCCAUAACCAACCAAGAGACCUGCCUGGACGGGUUUUCCCACGACGGCGCUGAUAAACACGUGAGAGAAGGGCUGAUGGACAGGCAACUUCACGUGGAACGCAUGUGCAGCAACGCACUGGCGAUGAUCAAGAACAUGACGGACAGUGAAGUGUCGAUGAGAAAUAGAAAAUUGACGGAGGUGGAUGAGGCGGCGGACGGGGUAAGGUGGCCGGAGUGCAUAUCGGCGGGAGACAGGAGGCUUCUGCAGGCGCCGACGGUGACUCCAAAUGUGGUGGUGGCAGCGGACGGGAGUGGGAAUUACAGGACCGUGGCGGAGGCGGUGGCGGCGGCGCCAGAGGGGAGCAGCACGAGGUAUGUGAUAAGAAUAAAAGCAGGAGUGUACAGAGAGAACGUGGAAGUGACGAAGAAGAAGACGAAUAUAAUGUUUGUGGGAGACGGAAGAACCAACACUGUCAUCACAGGAAACAGAAACGUCGUUGAUGGAAGCACAACCUUUCACUCCGCCACUGUAGCUGUAGUAGGAGAACGAUUCUUGGCUCGAGACAUAACCUUUCAAAACACGGCCGGUCCGUCCAAGCACCAGGCGGUGGCUCUCCGGGUGGGCGCCGACCUUUCCGCCUUCUACCGGUGCGACGUGCUCGCAUAUCAGGACUCCCUCUACGUCCACAGCAACCGCCAGUUCUUCAUAAACUGUCUAAUAGCAGGCACCGUCGACUUCAUCUUCGGCGACUCUGCCGUCGUCUUACAAGACUGCGACAUCCAUGCCCGCCGUCCCAACUCCGGCCAGAAGAACAUGGUCACCGCACAAGGCCGUGUCGACCCUAAUCAGAACACCGGCAUCGUCAUCCAUAACUGCAGAAUCGGCGCCACCCAGGAUUUAUUGGCAGUGAAGGGAAGCGUGGAAACGUACCUGGGGAGGCCAUGGAAGGAGUAUUCAAGGACGGUGAUAAUGAAGAGUGAGAUAAGCGACGUGAUCCAGCCAGAAGGAUGGUUCCCUUGGGAAGGGAAUUUUGCGUUGAACACUUUGUUCUACGGGGAGUAUCAGAACACUGGACCUGGAGCUGUUACUUCUGCAAGAGUUAACUGGAAAGGAUUUAGGGUUAUUACCAGUGCCACUGAAGCUCAAAGUUUCACUCCUGGAAACUUCAUUGCAGGCUCUAGCUGGUUGCGUUCUACAGGCUUCCCAUUUGCCCUUGGCCUGUAAGUUAACUUUGGAAAAAUAAUUUGACUCUGCAGAGUCUAGCCAGUGAUCUAUAUUGUUGAUCAGUGGUUUGAACUCCGAUAACAUACAGCUAACUAAUAAUGCUGUAAUCCCUAAGCCACCGGCCAGUUUGUGCAAUUUUUCUUAAGUUAUUGUAUUAAACAUUAAGGAUAUAUGCUUCUUUGUUUGGCCGGGGGGUUAAUUAAAAGAAAGCAAGGAUGUGCUUUUUAAGAAGUGGACAUGUGAACUGAGGCAGAGAUUCAAAAUGUUGUA